AUGUUUUACACUAAUGUAACAAGGAUAAAACAUUUCUUUAUCCUUGGAUUUCCAGGAUUAUCCCCUGAGUAUUAUGGGCUUCUGACUGCUUUGCUCUUUAUACUUUUCUUGGCUAUAGCUAUAGGAAAUAUUUUCAUUUUAGUGUUUGUUAUAUGUCAUAGGUCUCUUCACAAACCUACAUAUCUGAUCUUUUGCCACUUGGCACUAACUGACUUAGCGUUUGGAGCUGUUACUCUACCGAAACUUAUAUCAAAAUAUUUGUUCAAUGACAGCAUUAUUUCAUUUUACGGAUGCUUUGUACAAAUGUUUUUUGUCCAUUUUAUAGGGGCAACUCAUUCUUUCAUCCUGAUGGUGAUGGCUCUCGAUCGUUUUAUUGCAAUAUGUGCUCCACUGCGUUACACAGCUCUUUUCACAAACUCCACUGUUUCUGUGCUUUGUGGAAUAUCAUGGCUUAUGCCAAUAUCAUGGAUGGUGGGUUUAGUUUUAGAUGCGCUUACAUUGCCUUUCUGUAAUUCAAAUAUAAUUGUACAUUGCUUUUGUGACCAUAUAACAUUAACAGUGCUUGGAUGUGAGAAAGUACGAGAAGUUCAGGUAGUAGGAUUUGGUCUUGCCAUGUUCAGUUUGUUGGUGCCACUGUUUUUCAUUAUAUUGUCUUAUUUUAUCAUCAUGGUUGCUGUAAUGAGAAUGUCCACCUCUACUGGGCGCAUGAAAACUCUGUCUACCUGCACGCCACAGAUUCUCAUCACAUUUCUGUAUUUCAUGCCAAGAUGCUUUGUGUACCUGGCAAAUAUUGUCGGAUUUACUUUCAGUGAUGCAGUUCGCAUUGUUGUUGUGAUGCUUUACAGUCAGUUACCUGCUGUUGUCAACCCAAUAAUAUACUGUUUGAAAACCAAAGAUAUCAAAGAACACUUGAAAAAGAAAUUCCUUAUAAGGAAAGUUAAUUUCAGCACAGAAGCUAGGUAA